CCACCCAGGUGCCCCAAGAAAUGAUUUUUAAAAGACUGAAUUUUAAAGUCAAUAUUUAAAAGGUCAUGCCUGAAAAUGUUGUAAGAUAGAGAAAAGUAUGUAUGGCCCAGACAUCUUUUAGGUAAAUAUUAUAUAUUGUUGGUAAGACAUCCCUUAAGGCCUGCCAAAGUAACAACUAGGAUCUUCAAGGAGGGUGGCUCUAACUGAUUGCAAGGCUUUUGUUUUGCUGAGUGAAGUAAACACUUUGCAAGUCAGAGCUUAGCUUAAUUGUCAGGGGCAAUACUGGAAAUGCUGCACUUUGCUAACUGUUUUUCCGCGUGGUGUAUAACCUCUCCUCUAAGUAUCAAGCAUAUAUCUAAGAAUAACAGUUUGAAAGGGAACAAAUUAUUAACCUUCUCUAAAUUACUGAAUGUUUCCAUAUGGCCCUAAUGUUAAUACAUAUUAACCUGCAGAUUGUUGAAAAUUUGAAUUUGCACAAAUGAAGCACGAGCCCUAUAAUUUCAAAUGACAUAAUAGUUUCAGCUCAACAAGUGGUUUGAAGUCUGGCUUAACUAUUUAACUAGAUUAAAAAUGCCAUAAAAGCAGGACCCAUGUCCUUUUCAUUUUGUGUGCUCUAUAAAGCUCGGCAUGUUACCUUAUCCAUAGUAAGGUACUAGUCCAUUAGAUAAAUUGUUACUGAAUUAUUAAACUGCUUCCUUCACCAGGCUCUUCAAAUUUCACCUGUCCAAAAAUAAUUCAUUAGUUUCACCUUCAAACCCUACCUCUUCCUCACCUAAUUCUCUAUUGUUUAUCUCACUGUUGGGAUGAAAAUAAUGUUGAACUGUAUUCAAUCCUGGGAAGGUAUGAUGGCAGGCCUGCUGAAGAUCUAGAAGGCGUAAGGAAUCCUCCCAAAGUCCUUCCCCAACACAAAAGGAACUAGGAAGGUGUGUUAAAACAAGUUAACUAGGAAGAAACUGACCACUUGGAAGCAUUCAGCCUUCUAUCCUGGAGGAAGGCUCAUCUCUCCAUUUGUUUAUCUUUAGGCUAAGAAAGACUCCUCUCACCUAAAUAUCUGAAUAGGAAUGUAGUUGAUGCUCUUCUGAAUUCAAAGUGAGAAACUGGAGUUUUCACCUCAUGAUAAUAUCUGAAAACUAGGAACCAAAAAGAUAAAGGUUGAAUGGAAAAUUUCUGGAAGAAAAAAGGAGAAACAAAGUCCAGAUUCAUGGUUAUCAAAGUACAGUUUUGCCACCAAAUGAGAUUAUAUUUGAAACAUGUCUCAGAGUGACUUCCUCUACCCAGAGAAUCCACGGAGAAGGCAGGAAGUAAACCGUCUUCACCAGCAGCUUCUUGACUGUUUAUCUGAUAGCUUCCAUGCUACUAAUAAGCUGAUUGAGGUCUUAAACAUGCACUUGGGGUGCAAGUUGGCCUCCAUCGAGAUGAAAAGAGAUGGGACCAUCAAAGAAAACUGUGAUAUCAUCAUCCAAGCCAUGAUGAAAAUCCAAACAGAACUACAAAAGGUUGAUGAAGCACUAAAAGAUAAGCUAGAGCCAACCCUCUACAGAAAACUUCAGGAUAUUAAAGAAAGGGAAACAGAGAAAAUUGCAAUAGUACAAAAGGUCAUUUCAGUCAUCCUGGGAGAAGCUACUUCCACAGCCAGUGCAGUAGCUGUUAAACUUGUGGGCUCAAACAUCACAACUGGCAUCAUUAACAAGCUGGUCACUGUGUUAGCUCAAAUUGGUGCUUCUCUCCUUGGUAGUAUAGGAGUUGCCGUUCUUGGCCUUGGCAUAGAUAUGAUCUUCCGUGCCAUCCUGGGAGCAGUGGAGAAAACGCAGCUUGAAGCAGCCAUUAAAAGUUAUGAGAAGCAUCUGGUGGAAUUCAAGUCAGCUUCAGAAAAGUAUCAUCAUGCCAUUACUGAGGUCACCAACACAGUGAAACACCAAAUGAAAUGAACAGCCACGGUGCCACUGGAAUAUUUUUCUAUGUCUCUAUAAUAGUGUUUUGCCUCUUGGAUUAGGUUCAUUUUCCGCUAAGUUUCCAACAUGGACAGAAAUAUAGUUAAUAAGUUGGCAAGGUGGUUUAAGAGAUGCUAAAACUAGAGGACUCCACAGAGUUUUUUAUCAGUUGGGUCUAGACCCUGUGAGGCAAAAGAUAUAUCCCAGGAUACCUUCUUACUCUGCUCUACCAGAUCAACAUUACAUUAAAUGCUAUUGUAGAAGAGCAAGUCUAGGGGUUACUUCUUCCUUUUCUUUUCCCCUAAAUUCUUAAAAUUUACUCUGAAUAAAGAAUAACUUUCAUUCCUA